CGUGUUCUGAACGUCACAUCGUCUAAAGCGUGAAUAGCGCCACGCUAUCAUACAUUGCCACUGUCACUGGCCUUUUUAUUCUACUGUCUUCUCAAACAUAGCCUACUAUCUAAACAUAGAUAUCGGCUGGGUACUCUGCACGAGACCAUGCAUGCUGACGCUGGCCCUGGCAAGCAUGCAGCCUCUCAAAGCUCACCUCGGGGAAAUCACAAGAGGCAAACUGAAGGUUCGCUCCGUUCUAAGGUUCGCUCCGUUCUUUACCUCAACGCUCGACCUCGCAGAGCCGCAUUAUAUACCAUCAACAAUUCGCUAAACUGACUGAAGCAUUCAGGUCUGUAGCCGGUUUAUGAUUCCAACCCGCUAGUGGCUUCGUCGAUUCACACUUGGGCACAAUAAGACCCUUGUGCUAAACAUCUUGUCUGUAAUAACCCUUGGAAGGUUUUUACUGACUCCUCGCGACAGAGGUUUUGAGCAUGUGGAGGGGUGCCGCCCAUUCCAAUUAUCGGAUUACUGUAACAGCCAAAAAGGAGGCAAAAUGUACAUAUACUAGUACCUCAAAGUAGGCCUGCUAAGUAGACCUCUUCUGCCC